GGAGCCUCCUCAGAAAAAACUGAAGGUUAUGAACUCGGUGUCUGCUGCGCUUUGUGUGGCUGUGAAUGGAGACUAUGCUGUUGUGGGAUACCAUGGUACAGGCAUCAGACUCUUCAGUCUUGACUCAGGUGAGAUGAUCUGGGCCUCCAGGGAUCUUGAUGUGUCCAUACUGUGCCUGCUAUGGGUCGUUUUGGGUGCAGAGCAGACUGAACCUGAUCUGCUUGUGUCUGGAGGAAGUGACAAACGUCUGAGGGUCUGGAAGAGGAAAGAAGGAGAGGAGGGAAUGCUGGGAGGCCUGCAAAUGCUGGGCAUGUUUGGUGUGCAGCAAGGUGCUAUCCUGGCACUAGCACAAAACUCCACGUACCUGGCUACAGCUUCAGAUGACUUCACUAUUGUUUUGUGGUUGUUGAGUGAUCUGACCCUCAACACCUCAGUUGAGCCACACGCGUGGCUGAGGAGCCACCGUGGUGGAGUCACCUGUCUGGCUUUUAGUCCUGAUGGUGGACAGCUGCUGUCUGGUGGAAAAGAUAAGGCCCUGAUGGUGUGGGAUGUGAGUGUGUCUCCUGCUGUUCUUUCUAAAAUGCUCCCUCACUCUCACAAAGACUGGAUCACCGGCUGUGUUUGGACUCAGGACUGUGUGAUUAGCUCUUCAAACGAUGGCAGACUUUGUCUGUGGGACCUGCAGACAGGCCAGCGUCUCCGAGAAAUCACCUGGAAGAGUUCUCUGAACUCUGUCUGCUGUCUGGGGCAGUAUGUGAUCGCCGGCUGUGCAGAGGGAGCACUGCAUGUGUGGAUGUGGGGAACAAACAUAGAAAUAUGCCAUAUUCCUGCUCACAGGCAGCGUAUACACCACUGCUCUCUCCUCCCAAACAAAGGUACCGUUCCUGAGAAGAACACAGAAGUCAACCCAGAAGAAAUGAGUGUUUUCACUGCGUCUGAUGACGGCACAGUGCAGCUUUGGAAACCACUGGAGGUGGAGCACUUCAGCACCUUCCAGGGUCACAGUGGCGCCAUUCAUGCAGUCGUUCGCAAGGAAGGAGUCCCAGAAUUCCUCAGUGUUUCUGAGGACUGCUCGCUGCGAUGCUGGACGUGGACAGCAAAGAGUCCUCCCAGCCUCAGAGGUCCUGUCACAGCUGUGUGCUUCGCUCACAAAGAUGAUUUGCUUCUUGUUGGUUAUGAAUCCGGUUUACUGGAAUUGUGGCAGCACAGUGCAUUGGUUAGCCACAAGCAGGCUUCAGACCACACCAUCACUGCGAUCUGCUCCAUGUCUGACAACCAGUUUGCUGUCAGCUACACAGAAUCUUUUGUUGAUGUUUGGAAGCUAGUGUGGAAUCAACAACACAGCAAUGCAAGCCUGGUGAAGGUGACCACAUACACGGUGGAAGACCCUACAAUCCACCUCACCUACUGCUCUGCCCUGAUUGGCGUGGCCAGCAGUGGAUUGAUAUUUGAUGUCACAGCUGAGGACAAAGACAACUGGGACUACAAAACCAAUCCUUGGAGUGAACUGGUCAGAAUUUUGAGGAUGUUCCAAAACGACGAGAUUAGCUCGUGGAUACUGGGUGAGGACAACGGAGGAGUUGUGAUCGGCUUCAUUUUUGCCAUGGGCCACAAAACUCCCUUAUCUCGUACUCUGAGAUCGAUGACAAUGGAGAAAGAUGAGGAGAACGGGAGCCUGAUAACAGCUGUGACUAUGGACAAAGCGUUUGUGGUGUGUGGAGAUGUGAAGGGUAACAUGUGGUUCAGUCAGCCUCCCGAGUUUUCAUCGUGGAGCAGCAGAAAACCUGCGCAUAGUGACAAGAUCACUGCGCUGAGAAUCACUGCCAGCACCAUCAUCUCAGCUUCCUACGACAGAACAGUGAAGCUGUGGGACAGAAACACCAAGAAACAGGUGGGAAUGUUUGUGUGUGGAAGUCGUGUUCUGCUUCUGGAGGUGAACCCUGAAAAACCCAACGAGCUGGUUUGUGGUGACGAGCAGGGAAUGCUCUAUUUUCUCUCCUGGAAAGAGUAAUCCUCUAGAUCUUACACACUACAUUCAGGAUUUAGGAAGACACUUGAUCACUACACUAACCAAAGAUUAUCAAUAUAGUCUGCUUCUUCUUUGCUUCAGUAAUGUCAAAUGUGCAAUAAAUAUAAGAAAGGAGUUUAAAUAUUUAAAUCACAUACAGGGGUAAGCAUCUAUAUGAUAGUGGUAAUAUUCUACUCUUAAUAUUUACUUGUGCCUUGAAUUUAGGUGGAGAUAAACUUGCAAAUGUAUUGAGCAAAUAUUGAAAAAUUACCCACUUUAAAAUGUAAUCCGUUUUGUGUGAGCUGAAUAUAUUAAAGGCUUUCUUUUAAUUUCAAAUUGUAAUGGAAUGAAAAAGGAAUGUGGGAUAUGGAAAGAAAAUUCUCUGACAAUAAACAAUGUGCACUCAAAA